AACUUGUGCGCAUGGCGCAAACUAUGCACCAACAUAACCUUUUCGUACAUCCGUUUCUUAGCAGUGAAUUUCUGUUAUAUUUUAUAAAAGUGCUAACAGAUAUUUAAUGUUGAAUAUAAAAGUUAUCAAAAAAUAUGGCCGGUUUACAUUUAAUACAAACAUACUCUUCCGAUUCGGACGAAGACAAGCACGAGGAGAAGAAAAAGGAUGAUCAAAUUGUAAACAAGUUAUCUUUACCUGCAAGUAUUUUGUCUUGGAAAGGAGUUGAAUAUAAUGAAGAAGUAAUCGAUGAUCCAUUGGAUCACAACGGACGAGUACGAAGCUUUAAACAUGAACGUGGUAAUUGGGUAACUUUGAUUUACAUAAAUUAUACAUCCAGCGAUUGUUUUCAUACUUGGAUUAAUUCUGUACUAAGUAAAUUACCUGUCGAAGGCAGUAUCAUUUCUAAUCUUCAUAUUAGUCUCAGUCGCACUUUAGUUUUAAAGUUCCAUUGGAUUGAAUCGUUCGUGGAAAGCAUAAAACAGUCUUGUCGUAAAUUCAAUAAAUUUGUCCUACAGUUCACGGAUAUAAGGGUGUACUGCAAUGAAGAGAGAACUCGCACAUUCCUCGGAAUUUAUUGUCGAGAUGAGGAUGGAAUGUUAAAGUGCCUAACUGAUGUUUUUGACAAUGUAUUAGCUGAAUAUCAAUUACCAUCGUUUUAUAAGGAUACCUCGUAUCACAUUAGUUUCUUCUGGUGCCUUGGAGACAAGCGAGCCUGCUUAAAAGAAAUUCUACCAUCUCUUACCAGCAGUUUAAACAAAUUUUUAGCAGAAAACAUGGAAGAGGCUUAUAUGCAUGUCAAUGACAUACAAUGCAAAAUCGGAAAUAAAUGUUAUACAUUUGAACUAAAAUAACAUUGUAUAAAUUAGACUAUAAAAUCUAUUUUAGGAAAUUGUACAGUAGUCAAAAAGCAAAACUAUUACCUCAUACCUUUUUUCAAUGGAACGAGUCUAUUCAUUUUUUACAAAACUUUAAAACUAUUAUACAAAAGAGAUGCAAAAAUUAAUAAUUUAUAAAUUAUAAUAGUAAUGCUUUUGUGGGUAUAUUGCAUGUAUUAAGAAAUAUAAUUUUUCUUCUAGAAACAUCUA